UACGAAUUUUCUUUAGCAAUUUAGUAAUGAGUUCUUUGCGUUAUUUGGACAGGAAGCGGUAACUGGUUUUUAAGUAGUGGCCAUCACAAGGCUGUGCUGCCUUUGACGGUCACUGCCUUGUACAAGGGGCAGGGACUUUAAGACACGGACCGACCUUAGGGACCGCAGGUCAGGGGGCGGGGAUGCCUCCGGGCGGCCGGACAAAACCCUUGGAUUAAGGAAUCGCAGCUCGGCGGCUGCGCCGUGCCCGGGAAGCGCCGCCCUGUGACCCGGCGGGGCGGAGCCGAGCGCCGGGGAGAGCGGGGGGCGGCGGCGGCGACAGGUCGCGACAGGGGACAGUGCGGGGGCGCCGUGACACGGGGGUGCCGCCGGGCGGGAGGAGCAUCCUCCGGGGAUCGGGGCGAGCCCGUGGCCCUGGAGCGGCGGAGAGCACAGAGCUGCCCGGGCAGCGGCGCGGACACGGCGGUGCUGCUGCGGGGGCUCAGUCCCGCCCGUAGGGCUGCCAGAAGCACCACACACAACCAGCUUGGUGAGGAACUCUACCCUCUUUAAGGUAAAACAAGACGUUGGCUCCCAGCUGGUUUUUUCUUAGUACCUUAAAUAUGAUGUGUGGCCAUUCAUAACUGUAAAAGUAAUGCCACCUCUUCAGAAAAUCAGAGCAGCGCACAUGCUUGAAAACGCUCCAGUAAUAAUAAACUGUACAGUUCUCUUCUAGACAUAACUGCCAGGUAGAUUUUUAACAAUGAACAGUAUUGCCAAAAGCCUUUUGAAAUCGGUUAAACACGUCCAAGCUGCGUGGCUGAGAAGCAGCUCAGCUCGCCCUGGAAAACAGUGUUCUCGGAGGCUGGUUUUGGGAAUAGAGACGAGCUGUGACGACACGGGUGCUGCUGUGGUGGAUGAUGCCGGCUGUGUCCUGGGAGAAGCCCUGCACUGUCAGAAGGAAGUCCAUUUACAGUGGAAUAAUUCCUGUGGUGGCACAGCAGCUUCACAGAGAAAACAUCGAGCAAGUGGUAGAAGAGGCGCUUCGUGUCAGUGGCGUUUCUGUACCUGAGCUUGCAGCUGUUGCAACUACAGUGAAACCUGGACUUGCUCUAAGCCUUGGGGUGGGGCUGGAGUACAGCCUGGCUUUGGUGAACAGGCACCAGAAACCAUUCAUACCCAUCCAUCACAUGGAGGCUCACGCGCUGACCGUCAGGCUCACACAGCACCUGGAAUUUCCCUUCUUGGUUCUUUUGGUCUCUGGAGGCCACUGUAUCUUGGCAGUAGCACAAGGAGUGUCAGAUUUCCUUCUGCUUGGACAGUCCAUAGAUAUUGCACCAGGUGACAUGCUGGAUAAGGUGGCAAGAAGACUGUCUUUAAGAAAGCACCCAGAGUGCCACAGCAUGGCUGGGGGGCAGGCCAUAGAGCACUUGGCUCAGACUGGAAACCAGGAACAGCUCAUGUUCCGACUGCCCAUGAACCAGUAUCGGAACUGCAACUUCUCUUUCUCUGGACUUCUGAACCUCGUCAAUAAUGCCAUUGCACAGAAAGAAAAAGAAGAAGGUAUUGAGGAAGGUGAGAUCCUGUCCUGCGUUGGGGAUGUUGCUGCUGCCGUCCAGCACGCGGUGGCUGUUCACAUCAUCCAGCGCACCUAUCGGGCCAUGCUGUUCUGCACCAAAAAUAGCAUCUUGCCACCAAAAAAUGCAACCUUGGUUGUAUCAGGAGGAGUUGCAAGUAAUCAGUAUAUCCGAAAAGGUUUACAGAAUUUGGCAGAAGCAAAUGAUUUUGCUUUACUGUGUCCUCCUCCAAGACUGUGCACUGAUAACGGUGUAAUGAUUGCAUGGAAUGGCAUUGAAAGGUUACGUGCAGGACUCGGUGUUCUACACGGGACCGAUGGCAUCCGCUACGAACCCAAAGCUCCCCUUGGAAUUGAUAUUUCCAAAAGAGUUGAAGAAGAUUCCAUCAAGGUGCCAAAAUUAAAAGAGAUACGAUGGUUGGCAUCUUAAAAAGUAACUUAGUAAAUGCAAAUAGAAAUUGUUCAAUAAAAACUGUUUCAAUGCUGUUA